GUACAUCCGCAUAUUAUUAAGCUCUUACUUCGAACAAGUCCAGCCAGGUGGCACUGCAUGAAGAUGAGCAAAAGGACAGGCAAAUGAUAGAUCCUCAAUUAUCUUGCAACUCUAAAAUCUGACAAGAACUGAUGGAAGAAUCGAAAGGAGAUCCCCUUUUUUUGCUUGCAAAUAUGAUCCGAUAAUCUUCAUGGAUGCAUUUCUUGCUGAGGAUCUUGAUCCCCCUUCAACUUCUCUCUCAACAUAUCAGACAAGGCAUCGAGCAGCUCCUCAACAGGUGGAUUCAAGUGUCCAAGACAGGUUCAAGAAUCAAGACGUCAGGUGAAUUUUCCAAGUUUUCAAGAGCUGCAUACAACAAGUUUUCAAGAAGUGGAUUUUUCCAAGCUUAAAGUACAACAGGUCGUGGAACAAGAGGUGGAUUCAAGUUAAAGACACAAGCGAAAGAACACACAUCAGAUACAAGAAAAUGGGCCGAUCACGAAGUCGAAGUCCUGCAACUCGCAGUUUGGGAAGAGGUAUAACUGAGCUCUCGUCAUUCAAGUGCUUUCAAGAGGAGUACCUUAGUUUUAGUCCGCAUACGGUAGUACCUCGUACAACGAACCACUUCAUGAAAGAUCUUGUUCCUUACGACAAAUUACUACUUGUCAAACUUAUUUUGCCAGAACGGCCACUAUGAUCUUCACGACAUGAUCUACUUCAGGCCGUUCCCGUUCCCCACGCGGGCGAAGAGACUCUCGCAGAAGGUCUCCCAAAGGUGGUCGUGGCAGGAGCGAAGAGAGAAGAAGCAGAGGUAGAGACGGAGGCCUCCCAAAGGGCGCGAUUGACCGCAGAGGCAGAGGAGGCGAUGGAUGCUCGGUCCUGGUCAGGAAUUUGGGACCGGGAACUACCAAGGUAUGUACUUUAUGAAGAACAAGUGUAUGUUGAUUAACAAGCAAGCUGAAAUAAGUUUUUUCAUUCCUUCGUUCACCACAAAUAAAAUUGAUGACAUCAAGAUUAUACUUGCAACAAUAAUAUCAUCACCAAAUGAUCCAAAGAAUCCCAAAAAUCUGAAACCCAAAACAGGAGGAGCUCACUCGCAUAUUUGAAGAGAUCGCAGAAGUCAAAGAUGUCCAUAUCCCGCGUGAUUAUCAUACGCAACAAUCAAAAUCGUUCGGAUUUGUUGAAUUUUUUGAAAGCAGACAUGCGGAAAAAGCUUUGAGGGAAUUGGAUGGGGAAAAGGUAUAAUUUCUAAUUGUAACAAUGCGGAAGCAUGAUCGUCCUAUUUACUUAAAUGUCCUCGUAGCUGGUGGAUGUUGUACUACUAGUUGUGGAAACCACAAGCAACAAACUACUUCGUCCAAUGUACUUCUAUGACUUAAAUCAUCUUAACACGAGGAUGUUGAAUUUUUUCUUUUUGGUAUAAUAACUAUAACAAUGAACAUACUUACAAGAACAUAACAUAUUAAACAGAUCAACGGUUCCGCAGUCGCUGUUAUUCUUGCGAAACACGGUAGACGAUCACCAGGUGCUAUGCGCGGACGCGAAGAUAGAGGACGUGGUCGCGACUCACGACGACGAGGACGAUACUGAGCCAACAAAUAUUCGACGAGAGUUGCCUUUUAGGGGAAAUCUACUUAAGGCUCAGCUUUCAAUGGUCAUUGGGGUUGGUCACUGAGAUCCCUCUUGAGGAAAGAUGGGGGGAAAAUGAAGGAAAAGCAAAGGGAGAGGCAUGGGGCCCAUUUCUUUCAGAGUCAGUGACCAUUGAGUGCAGAGCUUUAAUCUACUUUAUUGCGGCAAAUAAUUAAGAUUACAUUGAAGAUUUUUCUAUCUCUCCUAGUUAAAGGACGGCUCUACGACCACUAUUAUAUUAGGCAGAGCAAGCGGAAGCGGCCAUCAUUAAGUCGUCUGUGGCAACAAGGAGAACAGAGCACAAAAACGACGACAGGCGGCCUAGCAUCACCUGUUAUUUCUAAGGCAAGAAUGCGAACGGAAGAAUGGAAACCUUCACAUGGAAACAAGAGUUGGAAUUUCUUCUAUUUUCAACGUGUUGAACAUCAUUGAUGGUACUAGUCACCAUGAUGAUCAAUGUUGUGCACUUUAAUAACAUCUUCUGAUUUAUUUCAAAAGACCACUACGCGCAAAAAUAUAUCUGAUGAAACAAUUCUCCAGCACUAUUCAAGAUGAACCUCGAAGAUGACUAUGACGAUUAAAAUCAUAAUUCUAGCACAAACAUUUAAGAAACGGUGAGGUCAUCGGCGUCUCUU